AUGGAGUUUCCAGAACUUGGUGCUCAUUGUUCCUUUAGUAGCUGUCGAAGAUUAGAUUUUCUUCCUGUCAAAUGUGUUGGUUGUCAUGGCUUAUACUGCAAGGAACACUACCCUUAUGCACAACACAACUGCCGCAGUCCAGGGAUUCAGGACAAACAAGUCCCAGUGUGUCCAUUGUGCAACACAGUUGUGCCUAUACGACCAGGUGAAUCUCCGGAUGAACGUGUUGGUCAACAUAUUGACACAGCCUGUAAAUCCCAACCAGCUCUCGAGCUUAAGGGCAAAAAUCAAAAUAACAACAACAGCAACAACAACCAAACUUCCGCCGAUCGUAUCAGGUACGAUUCAGCAGAAGAGGCCGAACGCAAAAGGCAAGAAGAGGAAGAUCGGCAGUUAGCGCUGGCGAUUUCUGCAUCUCUCAUGGAUGACCAGCCUAGAAACGAAACCAAUGUCCGGAAGAAUUCCUCCUGCAAUUUGUCCUGAUGUCAGCCUCACUUUGUGGGGUCAGAUCACUCCGUUUUCUUUUGCGACUCCCUCCGUCUGUUCACUAGUCAUGUACCAUUCUGAGGCAACUAUUGUGAUUUUGACUUUAUCUUUUCAGCAUUUGGACAGCCCUGUGUUGCCUUUUUUAGUGGCAUUUGAAAUGCCAGAUUGUCGUCAGGUCCUUUUCCGACUGUUUUUUUGUUUCACUUUAUUUUCUCAGUAUGUUUGCUUAUACCAAUAUACGUUCUCCGGCAACAGAGGUCGCGAUUUUUAAACACUGCUACUAGGCUUUCAUCUGGUCGUUGUAGCCGGUGAACAAUCUUGCCUACCUGAUUUUCU